AUGAAGCUGCUGAUAAGAUGUGUGCUUCUCAUUGUCGUAGUUUGUGCGGUCAGGAGCACAACUACAAAGUAUUUUACAUUUGAGGAGGAUGGUGUUGGUACAGAGAUUGGAAAUCUUUCCAAGGACUUAAAAAUAAACCCGGCAGAAGACCCUGAAACAUCAUUCCGUUUUAUGCAGAAAACCAACUCAUCUUUGAUUCAGAUGCGACAAAUGGACGGAUUGUUAACAAUCGGAGAGGCUAUUGAUAGAGAAAGGCUCUGCAAUCAAUCACCGCAGUGUCUCGUCACAUUUGACGUCGUCGCCUUCUCAAAGGAAAAGUUUCAGCUUAUUCACGUCGAGAUCGAAGUGAGAGACGUCAAUGAUCACUCACCUCAGUUCCCAAAGAACGAGACGCUCAUUGAGAUUUCAGAGAAUGUUGCUGUAAACACACGAUUCCCUCUGGACAUUGCUGUUGACCAAGAUGUAGGGAGCAAUUACAUCCAAAGCUACCAUAUCUCACAUAAUGAUCAUUUUGUCGUUGAUGUGCACACCGGAGAUGAUGGAGAGAAACAUGGUGAACUCGUGUUGGUGAAGACAUUGGACAGAGAGACGGAGGAUUCGUACACGUUUGAAUUGGUAGCAACAGAUGGAGGAAAUCCACCAAAAUCUGGGACAACCAAAAUUAUCAUCAAAGUCCUGGACUUCAACGACAACAGUCCCACUUUUGAGCACAACUCCCUAAAAGUUGAACUGCAAGAGGACUCGCCCGUGGGGUAUCGCGUACUGAAGGUACAUGCUUUUGACCCAGAUGAUGGCAUUAACGGUGAGGUUGUGUAUGGUUUUGUCAAAGAGGCCUCAUUUGAAGUAACGCGUCUAUUUCACAUCGACUCCCACUCCGGAGAGGUCACUCUGAAGGAAAUGGUUGACUUCGAGAAGAGGCAGUCCUAUGAACUUAACAUUCAGGCUUCAGAUUUGGGUGUAAACUCUGUCCCAUCUACAUGUAGAGUUCUUAUAGAUAUUCUUGAUGUGAACGACAACGCCCCAGUAAUCACCAUAAAGCCUAUGACAUCGACUAGUGACGGAGUAGCUUUUAUAACAGAGGCCGCUGCCGAAGAAAGUUUCGUGGCUCUAAUCAGCACCUCGGACAGAGACUCGGGUCCAAACGGCUACGUUCGUAGCAGCUUGAGCGGACACGAACAUUUCAGGCUACAGCAGGCUUAUGGUGACACGUUUAUGAUAGUGACAACCGCCGGUUUGGAUAGAGAAAAGAUAGCAGAGUACAAUCUAACAGUGGUUGCUGAGGAUCUGGGAAGCCCACCCUUCAAAACUGUGAAGCACUACACGAUCAAAGUGACUGACGAGAACGAUAAUGCUCCUGUUUUCAGUAAAUCGAAUUAUGAUGUCUCCGUCGUCGAAAAUAAUAUUCCUGGAUCGUACAUAACUACAGUGGUGGCCCGUGAUGUUGAUACUAACGACAAUGGAAAAGUUGUGUACAGUUUGAUUGACAGCAAGGUCCUAGAUGAUGCACGAAUGUCCACAUUCAUCUCAGUAGACCCGCUUUCAGGAUCGGUGUACAGUUUAAGAUCUUUUGAUUUCGAGACUUUGAAACACUUUGAGUUCACUGUUCAAGCCAGCGACAAGGGAUCGCCGUCACAAUCUAGCACCUCUGUCGUUAAAGUCACGAUAGUCGAUGAAAAUGACAACUACCCGUAUUUUACUAAUCCAGUUUUACAAAGUGAUUCUGCGGAUGUCCAAAUACCGUUGAACGCACCCCCUGGUUACCUAGCUCUACAGGUCAAAGCACAAGAUGAGGACAGCGGAGUAAACAGUGAAGUAAGUUUUCAAAUUCUUGAAGACAACUACCAGAAUUUUUUUUCGAUGGACAAAAAGAGCGGGGAGAUUGUCUUGAAACAAAGCCUUAACGCACAAAGAGAGGACGUGUUGGAAAUCAAGAUUGCCGUAUAUGAUAACGGGAGAUCGCCACUCUCCAGCAAAGCGACAAUCCGUUUUAUUGUGACGGAUACAGAACCAUCCCAAGAGCAGGCAGUUAUCUCUUUGCGGCCUAGUGACGAAGACUACUUUAACUUUGGUGCUUCAACAGUAAGCAUUGUGACUAUCAGCGGGGGAUGUGCUUUGCUGCUGAUAACGGUCGCGAGUGUUAUAAUCAUCUGCAAGUUCAAAGGGAGAAAGUUUGGCUCAAAGAAAGACACGUCACGCGGACUUUAUGGAUCAACUCCUCUCUCCAUACACAGCGCAGCAAGCGCAAAUAUUUAUGGUGGCCCAAGGUCUUUGUUCAGCAACGACAGAGAUUUCUCACUGCACUACCAGUAUGAGGAGAAGAACUCAGAAUCUGACGCAAAGCUGUUCCUGCCUUCCAAACCGUUUGGACAAACCCCCCUGUGGCAAGAAGAAAGACAUUGUCUACAAAGAAGUUGCAUUGGGAACACGGAUCAGCUAAGCGUGAAGGACAGUGGCAAAGGAGACAGUGACUUCAAUGACAGCGAUUCUGACACCAGUGGGGAGGCAUUCAAACGAAACCUCACCACCUUUCAGCCAUGGACAAAAAGCUCCGUCAACUCCACUAAUACACUGGGUUUCGAGUGGCAGGGCAGGCAAAGCGUCACACACGCCGGUCCCGCAUGUAACCGCACAAUGGGUUUUCCUCAGCCACCUGCUUACAGUAAUACCCAGGCUAAUCCGCCUUCCUGGAGAGACUCCUGUUACAACACCAGCCUUCCCAAAGCCAGGAGCUCCAUGCAUUCCAUUUCUAGGACAGGCACGCUGCCAUCGUACUUUUCACAUCAGAAGAGAGGGAUGACAGCAAAAGCCGAGGAGCAGCGGCAACAGAAUCGCGAGAUCUUGACAGUCGCAACCUUGUCAGAGGUUGCCACUACCUUCUGA